GUUGACUCUCUUUCUCUAUCCUCAUCCAAAAGACCAAAAUCCUUACUUUCUCUGUCCUCUCUUCUCUUUCUAAUAAAAAGUUUACCAUGAGAAUUCUUAGAAGCUUAAACACUACUAUAACCUCCUCUUCUUCAUCAUCCAUGGCGGCUGAAGAUAGCGAACACGUAGACUCCGAUUUGGUCGUCAUCCUCGCAGCUCUUCUCUGCGCUCUAAUCUGCGUUCUAGGCCUUGUCGCCGUGGCUAGAUGCGCUUGGCUCCGGCGAUUCUCUAGCGGAGGAAAUUCAACUCCGGCGAACAAAGGUCUGAAGAAGAAAAUCUUAAAUUCGCUUCCUAAAUUCGCGUAUUCCGCCGAUCAACACGCUGAAAGACUCUCCGAUGAUUGCGCGAUUUGCUUAUCGGAGUUUUUAGUCGGAGAAGAAAUCAGAGUUUUGCCACAGUGUGGACAUGGAUUCCACGUAUCGUGUAUUGACACGUGGCUAGGAUCGCACUCUUCCUGUCCUUCUUGCCGUCAGAUCCUCGCUAUUCGGUGUCAAAAAUGUGGCGGUGGUUUGCCAGAUUCUAAUUCCGGAGCUCCGAUCGGCCAAGCUAAUAGUGGUGUCAGUAAUAAUCAAAAUAGUAAUAAUAUUAUUCAUAAUCAUAAUGCUUUCUUGCCUUAGCAAUUAGAAUGCGUUUUUUCUUUUUUCGCUAUUUUGUUUGAAAUUUAGUUCUUUUAUCUUUUCUUCGGUACAUAAUUGUGCUGUAGCAGUGUAGUAUUAGUAGUAUAUAGAAAGAAUUCAUAACAUAUCUUGAAAUGAAGUUGUGUAGUUUAUGUAGUUUAAUUUACAAUAUUUGCAAACUAUGAUGAAAUUAAUCUACGUAAUUUUGUAAGUUAGUUGCAGGAAAAGAUUAAAAAAUAUGGUGACAAAGAAAUCUGGAAGAAGUAUGAUUUUUUUAUUAAUGUGAUGAAUAAUUUGAUGUCCUGAAAGGAAGAAGACAUUUGGAGCUUUUUUUAAGUGCUGAGCUUUGUUUGUAUUUGGCUUUAAUUUUGGUGAUAUGAGUAUCUGUUCAUGUUCUCUUGGCAUUUUGCUUCAUUUAAGGAUCCCAACUUUUUCCUAAUGUUAUCACCUGAUUUAUCUUUUUAAAAAAAGAUUUUCAAAGAUUCCAAAUUUAUUUUAAUUUGUUUUUAUUUUACUCUAAUUUUAUAGUUGGCCAUUAUUUCUUUAUCUAAUCUAAUUUAAUCUAAUCAUACAAAAAAAAAAUGUUUGUAUUUUGAAUAGGCAAGUUAGUACUUAUUAGAUUGGUUUAUAUCUAUAUAGAAGUACUAAACCAUAACAAUUGGAAACAAAAGCUAGCAUUUUGUUUUAAUAGCUAUACCAAAUAAUUCAUAACAAAUUACCAAUAGCAAUUAUCUUUACCCUUUUUUUUCUUAUCUUUCCUUUUUAUUUCAUUUUUACUCUUUAUACCAAACACCCCUUACGACUAUAGAGAGUGAGUACUAUAAAAUUUUAUUUGAUUAUUUUAAAUUUAUAAGUGAUCACUCUAAAACAACUAAUAUACAUUAUUAUUGGAAAUUUGAGGAUGAUUUUGUUGGUUACCCACACCUGGUUAAAUUAUUGGAAUAGAAUUAUUAUUAUUAUCGUUCCCAUGGCUGUUUUGGAUCAUUACGAUCACCAUGGGGAUAUGCAUGCUUUACCUUUGACGAUCCAAAUAGGACGGGCAACGUCUUAGGCCGGAGGUUGCCUUGGGAUUAACUCUCCCAUGUGUUUUCCUCCAAAUGUUUAUAUUACUAUGGCGACCCGAACUGGACAGGCAAUGACAUGAGUCAGGAAUUGGAAACUCAAAUAUGAUAUCUUAACUAUUAGAGCCUUUGCAUGUUAGGAUGAACUCGUAGCUUGUACGUAGCCUGUAUAAUAAAUUGUAUGAAGUCUCUGACGUGUAUUGGUUUGUGUUCUUUUGUGCUUGCUAUGAUGUUGUCAUUUGACAACUAGUAGGUUGGUUUACAAGUGGGGCUAGUGUGUGAGGAUUCAAAUGUUAGCAUCUGUUAAAGAGCUGACUAUCAUACAUGAGUUUAAGUCAUUUCUAGUUUAUCGUUUGAACUUUAUUAUUUAUUUUGGAUUUUAUCUGGUUUUGAUGACGUGUCUAGGCUCUCAAGUUGUAAACUUGAAGACUUCCAUUGAUUUGUUCUUAUCAUGUCCUUUUGAUUACUUAUUUCUUUAACAUUAAAACGCAUUGAUCUUAGAAACGGUUCAACUUAAAUGUCUACCGUGUAAUCCUGAAUUCAUAUUUACGUAUGAAUAUACAUUUGUUUCACUUUAACCCGGACUAUUACACCGGUUCCUUGGAACCGUUGGGCCGGUUGAACCAUUUCGGUCUGGUUCACGGUUUCAGGGCGGUUCCUUGGAAAUGUUAGGCCGGUUGAACCAGUUCAGACCGGUUGAACAUGCCUAGGGUUCUUUGGUCCGGUUCUGGCGGUUUUACAGUUUUGCGGUUCGGGCCGGUUCCAAACCUGUCGCUAACGGUUCCAAUUCCGAUUCCGGACUGUUUUCAAGCGGUUCGGUUCCGUGUAACCCGCUCCGUGACCAACACUACCUAUAAAUGAUUUUACCAAACAUAUCCUUAAUUAGUUGACUUAACCAACUAGCUUAAGUCAACAAAAAAAAUUAACACUACCAGUUGGUUAAACAAGUUAACUAA